UUUUUAUCGAAUUAGGGCACAGAGUGACAGUGAGAGGAGAACAAAAUGAAGCCAGUCGGGAUGCUUGCAACCUGUGAGAAUAAUGGGCGUGAGCUGACCUGCGGGACGAGCCUUAAAUAUGCACACACCACCUACCUAGGCACCUAGGCUAUGUCUAAUCUGGUCUUGAGCGAGCGACCUCAUCGCAACCAAAUUGCUCAAGGCCCUUCCGAGUAAUUACUGCGCAAGAUGGAGCUCCCUCUGUAAUGCUCUGCUCUGCGAAUUCGUUCUCCUGUCACGAAAGGAGAAACAGUGCGUGAUAGCUCAAUCGCUUAAACUCAUCUACAAGAUGUUUACGAUAUCAUGUCGUCCCCUCUCUGUGUGUUAACUCGAGGCUCGAAGCUGGUUGGUAAACGCUGCCAUACCUAUGUUUUGCUUGAUCCGCUCGUUCAGCGCGAAGGUAAACGGUGCAAUGUCUGGAGCGCUGCAAAGGAGAACGACCCAAUGCGCCAGUUUGUCCUCAAGUAGCCGGACGAUGAAGACGCCCCCGUAGGGAGAUGGAAAUGUAGGAGCUGUUGUAUAAAUCUGGCUACAUCCGUCGGAUGGUCGAUGUUGUCCCGCCUCCUUCUGAUGUGGAGCCUCAGACCAUGGUUCUCGAGGCAUUCGAGAAAUCGUUGUGCAGCGCAAGAUCUAUCGCAAUUGGACUGGGACUAUACACCACAAGAAUAUCGUUUAUACAGGUUUGUUGCCGAGAACGGGACUUAACAUUGAAUAGACACUAUGUGCCAGACUUGAAGAUGGAGAACGUCCUAGUCAAUGGGUUCGAUAACAAGUCCCCAGGCUCCGGUGAACGUUUGGUAACAAAGAUUGCUAAUCUUGGGACGGCUGCAACAGAUAUAUGGCCCUGGGGCAUAUACCUGCACCUGCUUCAAGCCCACAUCAAUUUCAAGAAACCCGGAAUGUUUGACUCUUUGGAGGUCGAGGGAACAUUGACAGACAAGGAGAAUGUUAUCCGGGCGGCCAUGGCACAAGAGUUUAGCCUUCACGCGAUUGAGUAUUAUAACUCGAAUCCUGUUACGCGGCAAUUGCUGCCGCCAAAGGAUGAAACAAGGACCGAGCAUGAUCACUGGGUAGUAAAACUCUUUGACAAGAAUAUUCCGGAAAAGGAUAUCGAGACAGCGCCCGUCGCACUCAAUCCUGUUCCAGAACUACGGCCCAGUGCACUUGACCUUCUGAAGUAUGGCUAUAUCUAG